GAGACAACUGAGAGGGCAUCUCCCUGGUCCAUACAAAUAUUUCCAAGGAGUGUCACAGAAUGGGGCCAGGCUCUGUUCAGUGGUGCCCAUACACACGAUGAGGAGCAAUGGCCAUGAACUAAAGCACAAGAAGUUCCACCGGAACGUGAGGAAGAGCUUUCCUUGGAGGGUGGCAGAGCUCUGAAAGAGCUGCCUGGACAGGGUGUGGACCUUCCCUCUCUGGAGACUUUCCGACCCACCUGUAUGCGUUCCUGUGUCACCUGCUCCAGGUGACCCUGCUUUGGCAGGGGAUUGGACUUGGACUCUCCAGAGGUCCCUUCCAACCCCAACAAUUCUGUGAUUCUGGGGCCGCGGGCGGAGCACCGGCCCCCUCCCGUCCUUCUCUCCCUCCCUUUCUCCCGUCUCUCCCUUCCUCCCGUCCGUCCCUCCCUCCGUCUCCUGGCGACGCCGGGGACGCGGCGCCGGUGCCGGGGCAGCGCUGAGUCCCGCGGCCGCUGCCAUGAGCGCCCCGCAGCCCCGGUGAGUGCGGCCGGGGCCGGGGCCGGGGCCGGGGCCGGGGCCGGUGCGUGUCGGCCUUUCAGCGCUGCGGGAAUGGUGACGGGCUCGGGGCCACCGGCGGCGCCUCCCUGCAGCGCGCUGGGGCAGAGAGCGGGGCUGGGGGUGCCCCGGCCGGCCUGGAGAGACCCCCGGCACCUGCCGGCUCCCGGGGCUCCCGUGCGUAUUCUUGAAACCUAUAACAGUCUUACAGACAAACACCUGGUUGGAUAUUUCAGCAAUGCCAGGAUAAGACGACAUCUUCAGAAAUCAGGACUGAUCUCAAGGAGUGGAAGAAUAAUACCUGAGAAGGAAUACCGCCUCAAUGCCAUAAGGAGGAACCACCAGAGACACGUCCAGGAGUGCUUGGCUGAUGCCAUAUAUCAUAAGGUCCUUGACAUGGAGUAUCAUCAUCAGCUGGGGAUGAGCAGGAGACUUAAUUAUUCUGCGAGGAAAGAGAUGAUGCAGCCAGUCAAGAUGGAGCCAUUAAUGGGAGAAGUCAUCCACAUGUAUUCCCCUCAUCCCCCCAUCGCCCCAAGGAACCACCAUGCCCUCUGUCCUUUAGUGUCUGGAAAACGAACCGGCCGCUCACAACGGAGGGGACCUAGACUUGGAGUUGAUUAUGGUGAUGGGCGUUAUUAUUUCCGAAGCAAGGAGCCUGCCUGCUGUAAGGUGAGUUCCUUGCGACCAAAUAGAGCUCCAGGAAAUACACAGCAGCCCCCUCGCCUCCAGCCCCUUCUUGGCUGGGCUGCAGCAGGGUCUGUAUCAAAGGCUUCCAAACAGAAGGGCCAUGCACUGGGACAUUAUCAGCAGUUUGCCUGUGGGGGGGAGAGCCGUGAGUUAAGGUUUAGGAAUCCAAUGGAGUACAUGGCUGGCGUGUCGCCAUAUCAGCCCCCUGCCAUCAGGCGCCGUCGCCGCGCUGUGCCGGUGCCGCCGCCCCGCCCGCACGUAGGGGACAGGUGCAUCCCUGGCAUCCGACGAGGGCUGCCCGUGGAGAGAUGGUUUCAUCCCACCACUGGAUUCAAUGAGCAGUUCUUGAUCAAUAAUACCAAUGGGUUCCCCAAGUCCCCACUAUGCAGCAACGCCUUGGUCACCAUGAUCUACCUAGGAAAGAGUAAGCACGUGUCCCUCCGUGAUUACAAGGAUGAAAUCAAAGUCUAUCAGCAAUACUGUGGAACAGAAAACAUUUGUGUCUACAAAGGCGACCUGUUGGAAGGAGAUACCUUCCAGUUCAUCUCCAAGAGGUACCUCGGUUACCCGUUCAGCCUCACCUUUUACCUCAACGGGCUCCAAGUUGACAGGCUGAGCUGCUGCUGUGAGUACAGAGGCUUUCAGUGCAAGAGGCCCUCCCGGCUGCGCCGCAGGAACACCUACUUCAGGGUGCUGCACGUGGCAGGAGCCCCUCCUUGCUACAGGUGCUUUCUUGCCAUGGGUCUGGACAAAAAGCUGUUCCCCCCCAAGAGGAAGCUGAAGUUCUACACGGUGCCGCACAUGUGCUCCUGCUCUCCGUUCUGCGCGCACAGCGAGCCCUGCGAGAACAGCGUGCUGCAGAAAUCCAUUGAGGGCUCAGUGUCCCUCACCAUUCCCAGCCACGAAGAAACUGUGGAAACCAUUGACGAAACACUGGACUCUGACGAGGAGUCCAGCGAAGAAGACGAAGAAGAAGACGAAGAAGAAGAAGAAGCAGAAAUGGAAGACCAAUCUUAUGGGGAGACCGAAGACACCACUCAGGAAAACACCAGUGAAAGUGAAUAUGAUGAAGAUUUUGAAGCUGAUGAAGAAGUUAAUGAAGAGGGACAGACUGGUGAUCAAAUGAAUGGAAUGUCAGAGUCAUCCUCAGAUGAUAAAAACCACAAUUUAGACCAUGGACAGGAGAGUGAAACCUCAUCUCAGAAGGCACUGCAGGCCCCUGACAGUGAGAAAGAUGAAAGUGGUGGAUAUCCUGAUGGCAGGGACUCUGAAGAUGAUCUGCCAGAGAGGAGGCCUGCAGACUCUCUCUCAUCCAUGAGCACUCAGCACAGCACUGAGACUGGCUCUCAAGCUGAAAUGAAGGCAGACCCCGUGAGCUGCAAAGAGGACUGCAAUAUCAAAAGUACACCUGAUAGUGUAGCACACGAACACUAUGGAAAGGAGAAUGGGGAGAAGAAACUGCUCAGAGUGGAGGAAAAUCAGGAGAAUUCUGCACUGGAAAAGAAAGGAAUAGAUGAAGCCGAAAAGACAAAACCAGAAGACCUUACAGCAAGGGAAGAUACUAGAAUUUUUCAUGAAAACAUAAUGGGAAUGCAGCAUCAAAAUCCUGAGGUUAAUGGGGAAUUCAAACAGACUGGGUCAGGAGAAAGUAACAUGAAUGAGGAGGAGAAAUGUCCUCCAGUGCCUUGGGAAAGCAGGGUAUUGGGCAUGGAGGAUGGCAACGAAGAGUCUCCCUGGUGUGAGGAAGGAGUCUUUGAAGACUGCAAACCAGUCCAGGAGGAAAUAGCAAAAGCAACUGGAAAUGAUCAUCCUGUGAAUCCUGAGCCUGGUGAUUUGUGUGCCAAUGAGGAGGAAAAGAACACAGCAAAUACAGAGCGUGGUGCCAGUGGAGCACCAGAUGGAACCUUCCUGGCAGAAGGGAGGAGAAGCCGUGGUGUGCAGGAGGCAGCAGGACAGGCGGUGGGAGCAGGGGAGCCCACGGGGCCGGGACCAGUCCUGGAGCAGGACGCUGCUGCUGAGGGAGAUGCUGGCAGCGGAGAGGCCGCAGGAAAAGCGGCAGGGCUGGGGGAUUCACUGCCCCCGGCAGGCACGGGGGCUGUGCUGGAGGAAUCCGCGCCUGAGGAAGGCGCCGUGGCAGAGGAGCAUCCCAAAGGAAAGGGAACAGGGGCGGCAGUGAAGCUGGGCACAGCGGUGUCACCUGGGGAGCAGGAGGUGCUGGUGGAGGGCACGGAGAGAGAGGUGGCGCUGGGAAAGCCAGCAGCUGGGGGAGAGGGGCCGGCUGGGGCACUGCCAGGGUGGGAGGCACACAGAGCCGUGCCCCGGGGGCAGGAGGGGGCUGGGGGCACCGGUGAGGAGGAGGCUGCAGAGGAAGGCCUCAGAGGAGCAGUAGGGCUGCCAGCAGAGGAGGAGGAGGUGGGCGAGGCAGCGUGCGAGGCGGGGGAGUCCCUGGGGCAGGGAGGGUCUGCAGGGAAGGACACGAUGGUGGGUGCUGUGUCAGAGGGAGAGGAGCCUGGGGAGGAUGCUGAUGUGGCAGCAGGUGGGAGUGCCAGAGCUGUGGGCCCAGAAGGAGAAAAGGCUGUUGAAGAAGACUUUUCUGAAGGGGAGGAGGCUAUGGGGAAGCCUAGGGUUCUCUGGGAAGCACUAGGGGAUAUGGAAACAGGAGAAGCAGUGUCUGGAGGGGAAGGGUUUGUAAAGCCAAGUCAGUUUUCCCAGCUGAAAGUGUCAGAGGUAGAGCAGAUGGAGAUGGGGAAAGCUGUCCCAGGAGCUGCAGCAACACUUGAGAGUGCUCAGGCUCUCCAGAGAGUGGAGGACACAAUGGAAGAGCCUGUGGAGCCUGACAAGGGUCCUGUACUGGAAGUGGCACCUGGGUUAGGGGCACUGGGGGGUGCUCGGGGGGAUCCUGUCACUGAAGGGUCAUCACAGGUGGAGGAGGGUGCAGCAGAGGCACUUCGGAGUGGAAACCGAUCUGAGGGCAGCAAAGCAGAGACAGACAGGGCAGUGGAAGCAAAACCCGAAGGAGAGGCGGUGGCAGGGUCUGCAGGGGCGGCCGGAGCGGGCUCGGGGGAUGAAGAGCAGGCCACAGAUGGAGCAGCAGCUUCAGAGGAGCCGGCAGCUGGGACAGAGGGGUGGCUGAGGCGCGGGCAAGUGAAAGGGAAGGGCAGGUCUCCCGGGGAGGGGCUGGUGGCCAUCGCAGUGCUGGGCGGCCAGCCCGGCCCAGGAGCCCUGCCCGGGGGCCCGGCGGGGGCCGGGGCUGGCGGGGUGGGCGGCGGGGCGAUGGCACAGGAGGGGGUGACAGGAGCGGAGCUGGGGGCGCAGAGCGGGGCAGGGGCAGAGGAGCGCUCAGCCGCGGGAAGGGCGGUGAAGCGGGAGGCAGCGGCGGGCUGCGAGGCACGGGCAGCGGCGCCAGCCGAGGGCCGGGAGCCGGGAGCGGGGCCCCCGGGGCAGCCAGCGGGGCUCGGAGCGAGGGGGCUGCGGGAACGGCCCACGGCAGAGCCCAACCCGAGCAGCCCUGUCCCCGGGCACGGGGGAGUGGCCCCGGGCGGGACGGGAGGGCCCCCGGGAGGCGAGGGGCUGUGCCCGGGCGCCCCGCCGCCGGCAGCGCCAGCCGCGGGCGCGGCGCGGGGCAGGGACGGGCGGCAGGAGCAGGGCAUGGAGCGGGCAGCAGCCAGAGCCCAGGGCGAGCAGCCCCGGCCCUGUGGAAGCUCGGCCGAGGGCGAGCUGGCGGAUGUCGCGGCGCGGGCCGGGGCCGCUGCUGCAGCCGGGGAGCCGCGGAAGGACGGAGCCGUCGGAGGCAGCCCAGGUGUGCCGGCGGGCGCUGACGAGGGCCAGGGGAGCCGCAGGUCCCGUCAGGAUAUCACAAACCCAGACCCCCUCAUCAUGUCCUCAGAAGAGGAUGGGGAAGAAACUCUGCUCUGAGCUUUUUCUGCAGCUCCCCAGUGUUGUGUCCUGCCACUUGCACUCAGCUGGCCAUGGGUUUGUGCCGGCUGGGAUGUCACUCCUCUCUUCACUCUGUGAGCACCACAGCCACCUGUCACGUUUCACUGGAGCAGCUCCUCAGCGUGUGGCAGACAACUGCAACAAGCUUGUGUUUGCCAGACCGGGAAUCAGCACUCCUCUGGAAGGAUGAAGACAGUAAUCACAAGGAUUGUUCCACAGCUGUCUGCCUUGUUUUUCUUGAAAACCAGAGAAAUACUGGACUGACUGAGCUUCCCCUCCUCCCCUAGGCACCGCUUGCUCCUGCAGGCAGGGAGGGCUUUCAUGCUGGCAUCUUCCCGAGCCCAUGCUAGGGGAGGGGAGCCCUCCUGCACCCACAGUGUCCCCUGUGCCAGGAGCGUGUGGGGGCCUCCCUCCCCUUGGGCAUCCAGGCUUGCUGCUGGCCACACUUCAGGGCAUUCUCAGCACGUGGAAAUGUUGUUGAAAGGUGUUAAAUCAGAACAAUUCUAACAAGUAUUUGUAAAUGCAUAAAGCUUGGCCUUCUGCUUUUGCUGGAGUCACUCAGGAGUGGCCCAUGGAACCUCAGGUGAGGAUGCCAGCAGGGUGGUCAGUUUAGAGUUGUCUCAGCCUGGUGCUGGCUGCCCUUCUCUGCUGCCCAAGGCUCUUCUCAGCUCUGCUGCGCCUCUGGCAGCCCUGGGGCCCCCAGGACCCUUCUGGGCCAGGCACCUGGGGCUGGGUGUGCAGCAGCCUCUAGGCACUCUGAGCUUGGUGGGUGCAGCAGACUCGGCCCCACAGAGUGCGGACUGUAACUGCAUUUUCAAGUAGGGAAAAGACACCGAAAUGAGCGGAUUUUGAGUGGAUUGGUGCUGUGAGUCACUUCAGAUCAAUAUACAUGGAACUGGAAACUCAAACCUGAUCAAGUGCUUGCUGUGUGUUUGCUCCUAGAGAUGUUCCUGUACUAGAGAUGGUUGCCUUUGUGUGUUCAGUCUGCACAUGUCUCAGAGGGUUGUGUUUUCUCUGUCCAUACCCAUGCCUACAUGUUCUCUCAGGCCUAUUAAAUACCUGUACCAGUCUGUGUAGCUCCUUCAAUUUGUGCCAGGGGUUUAACUGUAGGAAUUAUCCCUGCCAGUGCAGCAGGGCCCAAGCUUCAGUGUCUGCCUCUGCUUGCCAGUGGGCUGACUGAUGUUGGGGUGAGUGUUUGUGCCACCAAAGCUGCCCUGUGCAGGUGCCCCUCUAAAGCUCACACCCGGGGCUGCGGGCGUGGCCACACCUGGGUGGCAAUUCCAGGGGGACAGGGAGGGAUGCAGGAGACCCAGAGCAUCAGAGAAGGUUUUGAUGAACAGAGCAGCGUGACUGUAAGGAACCGGAAUGCUGAAGGAUCAUUAUUUAACAGUCUUGAAACAUUUAUUAGUGACACUUAUGUGUGUGGUUGUAACAGCUGGGGGAAAGAAUCCUGUGGUUAGGAACACAUAUGUGGACUUCCAAAACAUUAGUGUCCCUGUCAUUUGAGCAGGCAGAAGUUUGGUAAUAAGCAAAAACCAUGGAAAUGGAUAAUUGCAUAGGUUUGGAAAAGCUUCCCAUGGUCCUUUCUGCUUUCCUAUAUAGUGCUAAUUAGUAAUUAACUUCAAAGUGAAAAGUAGGUUGCACUUAGGGAAAAGCAAGAUGUGCAGCAAAAAGAAAAAAAAAGACUAAUUAUUAAAGUGAGCAUAUGUGAGCAAAGCAAACUAUCCAACAGUGUUGCCACUGGCAAAACUCAUUCUUGGCUCAUCAGGAAGGCUUUUUUAACUCCCUGAAGUGUCAGGUAUUUUCAGUUGCCUGUCAUUGGCUUCUGAUGGUUGUGCCUGAGGUGUGCCUCAAACAGCUGGAACCUGGUGACAUUCCACAGCUGAAGAGAUGCAUUUAAUCAGUUCAAAACCGUGCCAGCUGUGCACUGCUGACACAGGAUGGGAAAAGUCUAAAGCCUAGCUCCUGGAACUGGGCACCAAGCCCUGGCAUUGCUGGCAGAUAUGUGGAACAGUGACUCACAGACGCCACCGAGGAUGCUGGGUGUGGACAGCAUGGGCAGCUCAUCCAUCUGUCUGA